UCAGUGAAUUGCAUGACUUCUGGAAUUUUAACAAAUUCCACGAAUUGAUGGCUGGUAGCCACGGGAGUUGAACUUUCUGCUGUGUGAUGCAGACCUGAUUUUAAACGUUUAAUAGAGUCGCGAAGUUGUCGAUGUUUUCAUGGAAGUCGUACUGUAACUUUGUAACUUGUGCCGCUGAGGGCAGGGCAGGAUCGUGGGGUCUUGACUGCAACAAUAAGGGUCUGCUUGUUUACAAUGUCUCUGACUGAUAGUUUUGCUAUUGAGACUUAGCAGAAAAGCAAAACUGUUAAUCUCUGAUGGAUUUCCCUAUUGUCAUAACGUGACAGAGGUCGCUACACUGACCAAUUGAACGUGGGUUUAUACACGUUAUGUAAAUCAAUGCAGUAACGUUAGCCACGAAAAAGGCUUAAAGUGGUUAUUGUGUGGAUUCACUUUUUAAAUAACCUGUAUAGCCUAUGCCACAACACUUCACUGAAUUUGUAUCUAAUUUUAAUCAACAAUAAUGUAACAUGGGUGCUUACUUAUAGGGCUAAUGAAAACUAAAGGGGCAUCCUAUUCACACACUUAGGCCUACCUCCUAUCACCCUCGUCUCAGACGGCACGUGUUCUUUUCCAUCUUCUCGAAGCGAUGUGUGCAUUUGUUAAAACGAGUUUAAUAGAGUCUUCCAUUCUCACCAACCGGGGAUGUCCCACACGCUGUUGACUCCUAUUACGUCAUCACUUCCAAUAUUGGGACAGGGGAGGGAACCCUUUGGAGGCUAGGGCAGGUCUUGAUCUAUGUCAAAUAACCGAAUAUCGCAUGUUUCACUUAACCGACAGAGGUAGCUUUCGGUGUAUGACAUUGUAGAACAUCUCUGCAACAAUCUCAUAUGCCGUAUGCUAAAUGAUAGGCUACACUUGAAAAGACAACUACGUACAAAGAAUGCAGGUAGCAUGACCAAUUUUUAGCACGAUCUGAUAGGUUGCUUUUAUAAGGGCCACUUAUAUAGGGGAACAGGAAAUACAAAUAACUGGUUUAUGGGAAAAGACACGCCUAUCUUGCAUUGGAGAUGUUUCAGAUUACUAAUGUGAGGAACAUCUUUCUGACACAAGCUUGACCUGGUCGUGCUUGGAAUAGCAAAAUAUCUCUUAUACACAGGAGGAGAGAGCAGAGUAGGUCAUCAUGGCCCAGUGGAAUCAGUUGCAGCAGCUGGAGACGCGCUACCUGGAGCAGCUCUAUCACCUGUACAGUGACAGCUUCCCCAUGGAGCUGCGUCAGUUCCUCGCCCCUUGGAUCGAGAGCCAGGACUGGGCGUACGCGGCCAACAAGGAGUCGCAUGCCACGCUGGUGUUCCACAACCUCCUGGGGGAGAUCGACCAGCAGUACAGCCGCUUCCUGCAGGAGAACAACGUGUUGUACCAGCACAACCUGCGGCGCAUCAAGCAGCACCUGCAGAGCAAGUACCUGGAGAAGCCCAUGGAGAUCGCACGCAUCGUGGCCCGGUGCCUGUGGGAGGAGCAGAGGCUGUUGCAGACCGCCACCACAGCGCAGCAGGAUGGCCAGGCUGCCCACCCCUCAGGUACUGUGGUGACCGAGAAACAGCAGAUGCUCGAGCACAACCUGCAGGACAUCAGGAAGAGAGUGCAGGACAUGGAGCAGAAGAUGAAGAUGCUGGAGAAUCUGCAGGAUGAUUUCGAUUUCAAUUACAAGACAUUGAAGAGUGCUGGAGAGCUGUCUCAGGACCUGAAUGGGAACAGCCAGGCUGCUGCCACCAGACAGAAGAUGGCCCAGCUGGAGCAAAUGCUCAGCGCCCUGGACCAGCUCAGGAGGCAAAUAGUGACUGAGAUGGCUGGGCUGCUGUCUGCGAUGGACUUUGUGCAGAAGAACCUGAGUGAUGAGGAGCUGGCCGACUGGAAGAGGAGGCAGCAGAUUGCCUGCAUCGGAGGCCCACCCAACAUCUGCCUGGACCGCCUGGAGACAUGGUUCACGUCUCUGGCGGAGUCUCAGCUGCAGAUCAGGCAGCAGAUCCGUAAGCUGGAGGAGCUGCAGCAGAAGGUCUCCUACAAAGGCGACCCCAUCAUCCAGCACCGUCCUGCUCUGGAGGAGAAGAUCGUCGACCUCUUCAGGAACCUCAUGAAGAGUGCGUUUGUGGUUGAGAGGCAGCCCUGCAUGCCCAUGCACCCCGACAGACCACUGGUCAUCAAAACAGGCGUCCAGUUCACCAACAAAGUCAGAUUACUGGUGAAAUUCCCUGAACUGAACUACCAGCUGAAAAUCAAAGUCUGCAUUGACAAGGAAUCAGGAGAUGCCAUUCGAGGGUCGCGUAAAUUCAACAUCCUGGGCACCAACACCAAGGUGAUGAACAUGGAGGAGUCCAACAACGGCAGCCUCUCGGCAGAGUUCAAACACCUGACUCUUCGAGAGCAGAGGUGUGGUAAUGGAGGAAGGACCAACAGUGACGCCUCUCUCAUCGUCACAGAGGAACUUCAUCUGAUCACUUUUGAGACAGAAGUCUACCACCAAGGACUCAAGAUAGACUUGGAGACUCAUUCUCUGCCAGUGGUGGUCAUCAGUAACAUCUGCCAGAUGCCAAAUGCCUGGGCCUCCAUCCUGUGGUACAACAUGCUGACCAACCACCCAAAGAAUGUCAACUUCUUCACCAAGCCCCCGGUGGGCACGUGGGACCAGGUGGCUGAGGUCCUGAGCUGGCAGUUUUCCUCCACCACCAAGAGAGGCCUGACCAUCGAGCAGCUCACCACACUCGCAGAGAAGCUGCUAGGUCCAUGUGUGAAUUACUCCGGAUGUCAGAUUACCUGGGCCAAGUUUUGCAAGGAGAACAUGGCAGGGAAAGGCUUUUCCUUCUGGGUGUGGUUGGACAACAUCAUUGACCUGGUCAAGAAGUACAUCCUGGCUCUCUGGAACGAGGGGUACAUCAUAGGUUUCGUCAGUAAGGAGCGAGAGCGGGCCAUCCUGAGCCCCAAGCCCCCCGGCACCUUCCUGCUGCGCUUUAGCGAGAGCAGCAAGGAGGGAGGCAUCACCUUUACCUGGGUGGAGAAGGACAUCAGUGGUAAGACUCAGAUCCAAUCUGUGGAGCCCUACACUAAGCAGCAGCUCAACAGCAUGUCGUUCGCCGAGAUCAUCAUGGGCUACAAGAUCAUGGAUGCCACCAACAUCCUGGUGUCACCGCUGGUUUACCUGUUCCCAGACAUCCCCAAAGAAGAGGCCUUUGGCAAAUACUGCAGACCUGAAGCCCAACCCGAGCAAGAGCUGACUGAUGGAUGCACCAUUCAGCCUUACCUCAAAACCAAGUUCAUCUGCGUUACCCCGUGUCCCUCCGUCUUCAUGGACUUUCCGGACAGUGAGCUUCUAGGAAACGGCUUCUCUGGCACAAACUCCGGAAACACCAGUGAUCUGUUCCCCAUGUCUCCUCGCACACUCGACUCUCUCAUGCAUAACGAGGUAGCUGAGGCCAACCCAGCACAUCUCGAUUCCCUCACCCUGGACAUGGAGGAUAUGGCAUCAUAGUCUAUGUAGGAACUGUAUCCAUAGUGAUGAGACUAUAUCACUUCACCAGAUGUUUUCUUUUUGAUUUCCUCUCAUUUUCUAAUUGAAAAUAUAGGCUGUAAAUACUGAGCUUUUAAUGGGUGCUGUAACUCAUGCUUUGAAGAAAGCCAGUUGCCGAUUUCAUUAGUCUAGAGAUGGAGUUUGUAAUGUCAUCCAUUAUGUUUCAACGAAGCCAUGUUGGCUCCAGCAGUUUGAAGUAAUUCACCCAGCUCAAAUAGAAUUCUUUAGAGAUAACUCUUAGCUGAUUAUGGCUCCCAGCAAUUUAAAGAAUGGUAUGACAAUACUGUUUUUAUUUUUAUUUUUGUGUCUUGGCAUUUAAAUUCGUAACAUAUUCUUAAAACAUCUUGCCAUUGUAAUGAAAUAUCUUGGAGAAGAAUUGUCUAUAUAGUCCUGUCAAGUGUUUGUCACCUUAUGCCCUUUUUUUAAAUGAUUAUAUUUUUCUUAUAGCAAAAAGCAAUGUAAGCUAGCAAUGUAAAAAUUCAUAGUAAGGGAAUCUGUACCCCUAUAUUAAUCUUGGAUGUUUUAUAGAAUUUAUCUGUAUCUCUCCUUUCUUGUAUCCAUUUCUCUGUCUGAGUUUACUAUUGUAGAUCAUGUCAUGUCCUCAUGCCAUUCUCUCUCCAUCCCUUUCUUUCUGCUUCUGUGAGAGCCUUGGAACAUGCCCCUCUUCCUCCCUUCCUUCUCUCUUUAUUUUUCUCUGUCUGUCUUUCCUCUGAGUUGGCAGACUCUACUGCCUUGACGAUGAUUCUUCGUAUUUCCUCCCACCAGCGGGCUCCCCACCUCAGGGGCCGACGUCCUUAAAGCCUCCUGAGGCCCCCCAUACCCCCGAGUCCACCGCCUGUAACCCCCGCGCCGUUACGUACAUGCAGAUUCACUUCAAACAGCCCGCAGGGCCCCUCCUUUCAAAACAGACAAGGACCAAAAGGGAGGAAUUUAAGGCGGCAGAUAAAGUCAUUCAUCGCGUUUAAAGGUCACGCAUCUUAAUGCCGCUGCGUUGCCUUUCAUUAGGCCCGCCAGCCAUUACGCUCUCGUUUAUCUCGGCACAUCAGGCGGCUUCCUCGCGAGUCAUCCUCUGGCAGCCAUUUUACUAGAAAGGUUGCCAACAGGGGGUGGGUGGGUUUGGGGUUCGUGGGAGAGUAGGCAACAGCGUUGAUUGCUUUGAGGUUCCUGGCCUGACAUUUUGGAAGGGUAAAUGGUUCUCCCGCUCUCCUCUCCCGUUAUUGAUCUGAUUGGAACGGUAUUAGAAUUGGUUUUGGUGCUUUGUUAUUUAACAGACGGUGUAAGACAGGGUCUUGAACUAUAAAGCCCAAUAUCCAGAGGAUGCCAGCAUACUCAUACAUUAUUAACAUUUACUAUUUAACAUUGUUUUUGGCUUUCAUCCAUUUUUCUGUGUUUACCGUUUUAUAAAAACAUAUUGUGUGAUCAACACAUCUGUACAAUGUCUGUUUAAACAGGGCCUAUGAGUAAAUGCUGCUUGUAUCAUUCUGCAUACCCUGUAAAUUAUGCUGUAGACCAUUUCAUUAAAAACAUGUGGUAUCACAUUGUAAGGCUUUAAGUUUUGGACCAAUAACCUUUUGGAUCUUAAACACAGCUGGACCUAUAGUUUCAAUGAAUUCGGUGUGGGUCAGUGUUUUAUAGAACAUGCCUUUUAAGAACACUCAAGAGUCACCUUGCCACACUGGGUUGACAUUUCUCACAUACCUCCUGACCCUCUUAUUGUAAGGGUAGCGAGCAGGUACAGUGUUAAGGUGCAGUAAGUAACCCCACUCCUCCACACCUUGUCAACAGACACUAGCACCCGUGGGUUUAAGCCUCCUUGCUACCACACCCACCUCCCACGCAGAGGUUGCGAGUUUGAGUCCGGUGCUGGACUGGGCUUGUCUACACAAUGCAGGUUUAAUUAUCUCUACCCUUUAUCCCUGUUACUUCCCAUUGCUUCACUGCACAAGGUUAAAAUAAGGGCAGGCAAUUGGUACUAAGAGUAUUAAGUGUUGUAUGACUUUGCAAGAUGUUUUUUUUUUGUCACGUUUAGUUUAAUUUGAAUGGUCUCUGUGUGGGUGGUGAAGUGGUCUCAGUCCUGCAGUGGAAUUGAUUAGCCCUGCAGGCUGCACCCCCUCCACCCAUAAAUAACUUAAGUCCUCCACCAAUGAAUCCUCAUUAUGUGGUGCCUGGCAGGGCAAACACUGACAGAAUUCCAUUUGGUUAUCAAUUUCCCCAGGUCUGCCCCUGAACUUGGUAUUUAAGGGGAACGUGGCAAAAAGCACUUAUAUUUUGUAGCAAAUCACUUGAGCAGCCAGCUAUGUUCAUACCCUUUGAAUGUUAAGUAUAUUUUUUCUUUUAGGUACUUGUGAUUUUUAGAUUAUUCACUUUCGAGUUUGAAUGUCUAACUGAAUUAGUAACUUGCACCUGACAAAUAAAUUGUGAUGCUCAGA